AUGAUGUUCACUCUACGUGGCCAUCAGAAUGAACUUACUGCUUUAUCGUUUCCUCCAUAUGAUAAAGAUUCACUCACUAAUCCAUUGCUAGCUUCUGGUGAUUCUGCUGGCUGGUUAUAUUUAUGGGAUCUGGUGUAUCGACGUCCUAUUCGUGCCUGGCAAGCUCAUCCUCCAAUACAUUCUACAUCUGGUGGAAUAUUACAUUUACAAUCAUUUAGUACUCAUUUGACUACUCAUUUGACUGAUGAUUGUCAUGAAUUGUCUAUUUGCAUUGCUAGUCAAGGUAGAGACAAUACUGUACAUAUUUGGUCUUUGAAUGACAUUAUCUGUAGUACUGCUGGUAAAGCCUUGGAUCCUCAAUUGGUGUCAUUUGGUCCAUCACCUACUCCCAUCUACUCAUUUCCAACAAACUCGCUCAACUUUUGUCGGUUUGCUAUGGCUUACAAACAGAUGGAUGCAUUCAACCAUGUUCUAUUUGCUAUUCCAAACUUGACUGAUUCUAACCGGAUCGAUAUAUUUGACUAUACCACUCGCUCGUACAUGAUUCGAUCUAUUGGACUCGAGUCCAACACACAUGUCAAGACGGGCAUUGUAAUGUGCAUGCAGUUCUUUAAUCAGCCUGAAUCAUCCACUAUCAGCACUGAAACUCGAUCAGAUUGUUUGUUUUUAUUGGCUGCUGGAUACGAAUCUGGACAUAUUAUUAUUUGGAAUGUUAUCAAUGGAACUCGUCUUGGCAUCAUGCAGUUUCAUAUAGAGCCCGUCAUGUCGCUUGAUAUUGUUGGCAGACAUCAACUAUCCAAUUUGACUAUUCCAGUUGCACCAUCUAAAGCAGGAACUUGGGGUGUAUCUGUUGCUGCAGACAAUCAAUUGGUUUUGUUUUCUACUGAAUUCGAUCAUAAUGGUAGCGUAUUGGAAUACCAUCGAACUGAACUCCCGUCGACUGGCACUUCUGAUGUCAGAAUUGUUUUCGAUGGAAGUGAAAUUAUAACUGCAGGAUGGGAUGGUGCAUUAAGACGAUUUAAACCUUCAAAAAAGUUAAAAUGCACCAACGUUGUGCAAGCUUUCAAGGAAUCCAUCAAGUGUAUGGAAUGUUGUCCAUGUUUUAUUACCGAAUUACUAGUUCAGAAUUCUUUAACUUCCAACUCGACGCAAUCUAAACUACUUUUACAACCCAAACAAGACACUUUAUCCAACAAACUCGAUAGGCAUAUGAUUGCUAUUGGAUCAAAAGAUGGACGAAUAUGUUUGUCAUAA